GUUGAAUUUUUUUUUGCGUUCAGGCUCACCAGAAGCUCUGAAGCUUACCGUGGAGCUCCCUUUCUCUCACACAUCUUCGUUCCCCCACCAAUUUGUAGUCUCUUUCUCUUCCCCGUGCUCUCUCUCUCUAUAUUACUCCUUCAAUUAUUGUUCUGGUGACCGUUGAGGGCAACAACUCGAAACCAAGGAAGGAGUGCGUCCGCCCAUUUGCACCGGAAAUGGAGCAUGUGUGCGGUAGGCCUUUAGGACUACGAUUUGAUCAGAGAACCGGAGAUCUUUAUAUUGCUGAUGCCUACUUUGGCCUUCAAGUGGUAGGACCUGCUGGAGGUUUGGCUACACAACUAGUGACAGAAGUCGAAGGCCAGCCCUUACGCUUCACCAAUGAUAUGGACAUUGACGAGCAAGAAGAUGUGAUUUACUUCACAGACACAAGCACAAACUUCCAUAGAAGGGAAUUCAUGUCAUCACUUUUGAGCGGCGACAAAACAGGCAGGUUGAUGAAAUAUGACAAAUCAAGCAAAGGAGUAACGAUCUUACUAAGGGGGCUUGCUUUUGCCAAUGGUGUGGCCUUGAGCAAAGACCGGUCCUUCGUGCUAGUAGCCGAAACCACUAGUUGCAGGAUCAUAAGACUUUGGGUGCAAGGCCCUAACGCAGGACAAAUUGAUACAUUUGCUGAGCUACCUGGUUUUCCAGACAAUAUUAGAAGGAAUUCAAGGGGGGAGUUUUGGGUGGCUUUGCAUGCCAAGAGAGGCAUUUUGGCAAACUGGGUACUGUCUAAUUCAUGGGCUGGUGAGAAACUAUUAGAGGUUUCACUUAGCUUCAAGCAGCUGCACUACCUCUUAGUAGGAAAGAGGGCCCAUGCAGCUGCAAUAAAGUUAAGUGGGGAAGGAGAAGUUUUGGAGGUCUUAGAAGAUAGUGGAGGAAAGAGUUUGAGGUUUUUGAGUGAAGUAGAGGAGAAAAACGGAAAGUUGUGGAUUGGGUCAGUGAUUAUGCCUUUUAUUGGCAUUUAUAAUUUGUACUAAAACAUCUACUUGAUAUGAUGGUCUGGAAUUUCUUGCUUUCCUUUUUUCUUUUCUUUUUUUCAUUUAUAAUUUGUACUAAAACAUCUACUUGAUACGAUGGUCUGGCAUUUCUUGCUUUGCUUUUUUC